AUGACGUUCGCCUUGGCCGGUGAUGUUCUCUACAUGAUCCUGGAUAUCCUUGGCGAUGAGAAGGAUUACAACAGUCUGUUCCAGUGUGCGCUUUCGUCGAAAUGCUUUACCGAGUUUGCCUUGACGUCUUUGUACAAAUUGUACAACACCUCGCCAGUGAGAAGCGGAGGGACCGAUAACGAGCAGUUCAGAACGCGGAGAACCGCGCCGACGCUGGCGGUCAUCAGGAGUCAACAGGAGGCUAUUACGCGGAAAUGGGCGCUUAUGUGGCGUUCAAUAGUGCUGUCUACGUUCGGUCAGACUUAUCUACCGUACUAUAGUUAUAUCCGGUACUUGGAUCUCGAUGAUAUGAUUUAUCUUUUGAAAGACACGGGGUUCGCCGGGAAGAUCAAAGAUGAUUUCUUUACGCCAGAGGUCCUGGACUUCGUGUCUCGCGACUAUGCAUCCAAAGGGAAUAAGCGACUUCGUUCGUCGAGGGUCUUUCCCGACAAUGAAUGGAUCAUGGCUAAGCUUGGUGGAGCAAUUGCUGAGAGGGCGACGUCAAUCCGAGGAAUGCGUUGCAGCAUUCCAUCAUCUGUAUUAGCCGAAUGGCUCGAACGUCUACCGAUGUUGCAAACCCUGUCCGUCUGGUCUGGGGCCUCCCUGACAGAGCAUGCGGGCGACAAGCUCCGUUCCCAUUUUCCUGACUUCAAACAACUCACAAUCUACGGAUGGUCGUCCCAGACCGCCGAGACCGACUGCGAAGAGUUCCUGAAUGAACUAAACCCCAAUACCCUGCAAUAUUUCGAGGUAUUCAGUUACUCGCAUUUAGGCCCGCGCUCGAUAAAGGCUCUGGGCUCGCAUUUAGACUCUUUGAGAGAACUGAAGCUCACCAGCUUAUCCAUCGAGGCGAUUGCGGAGCUUCCUUCGUUGGCAGCGCCGCCAGUGCUAGAGGUCUUGGUCCUAACGGACUCAAUCCCGACAGCCAGAAACGACGAGUUCUAUGCCACCAUAACGCGCGUUGCUGAUUGGAUACGCAGCUGCAACGCCUUGAAGCGCCUUGACCUCAGGAAAUUCGUUGACGAUGCGAACCUCCUAUCGCAGGUCCUAGCGGAAGACGGGCUUCGACUGUCCAGCCUCUCGUUAGAGGGUUAUAUAAUGUCUCAAAGCCGUUCCUUCCACGAAGUUCUUGGCUCGCAACAGUCUCUGCAGAGUCUCUAUCUCCGCGGGGAAUCAACUGAAAACUACAUCGAAAACGACGUGUUUCUACAAGCCCUCCUCCAGCUGAAUAACCUGCAAGAGCUUGAACUCAAGGACAUCUCCGAUGGCUUCUCGCUCAAUCACAUAACCGUACUGACUCCUUUUCUUCCCCACCUGAGCCGCCUAUGGAUCGGCGGCGAUUACCUGAACGACGAGGUGUGGAAGGCGUUCUUGUGUCUCCCGAAUCUGCAGAGCCUUGUUAUCCACGCACUGAGCGAAUUCACGUCCCGCGGGAUCCUCGACUUCAUCUCACGCCUGGGACCUGGGAAUCACGGGUUCAGCUUGUCUAUCUUGAACGCCACCACCGAUGCGAAUAUCACGGAGGAAGCGCAAAAUGUCAUCCGCGACACUCUGAAGAGUAAGCUGGAUGGUUCGUUUGAUUUUGGUCUCGCUCAAGGAUUGGCGGAGAGCGCGUCCAUCUCGCGUUGCCGCAACGCGUCGUUCCCGCCGAUUCUCCGCGUACCGCCCACUCCCUUCCCAAUUCACUUCCCAAGUCAAUUCAACCGCCCUUGCCCCGUAGCCUCCACGGGUCUCGACCACCGCGAAAGCCUUCAUUUUCCCCAGGUGAUUAAUGGACGCCAGUGGUCUGCGAUAACUCCAACAAGCGCCAUGGCUUCCUCCCGGGCGAAAUUGGCCGAACUGCGCGCCCUUCGUGCCGCAGGAAAGAAACGUCUUUCGACCUACGAAAUCGAAGAACAGGGCGACAUCUACGAAGAGGUCGACGACGACGGAUACAAGAAGAUCAUCCGGAAUCGGCUGGACGAAGAUGACUUCGUUGUUGACGACAAUGGCGAGGGGUAUGCGGACGAUGGUCGCGAGGUCUGGAAUGAGCAGUCCGCCGGAUACUACGACAGUGAGAGCGACGACGGCGAACUGCCGGCGAAUAGCAAGGCGGCAAAACGGAAACGAGAGGAGGAGAAGCAGCGACAAGAGAAGAUGAAUAAUGGCAUUUCGAAAUACUUUAACAAGGGGGCCGCUGCUGCGCCGAAACCGAAGCCCGUGGCUACCGCGGAAGACGAUGCUUUCAUGGCCGAUCUUCUUGGGGAGGUUGACACCAAUGUCGUUUCGAAUCAUGUGCCUCCGCCGCAGAAUGUGAUCAAGUCGGAGACGCGGCGCAAAGUCCGCAUCCUUUCCCCACCGCUAGCACAGAGAACACGCCCCGAAAGGAAACCUCAGCCCCAAAAGAACGAGAAUAGCGACCCCGUUUUGCCGGACGAGGAAAAAUCGACACUUGAUUUGGACAACGAUGACGGUCCCCUUCCCUCCGCCGAUGACGACGACGAUGUGCCGAUGAGCGACCCGAUGCCCUCUUCGCCAACGAGCAAGGCUGUGGAGAGAAAGACCGCCAUCCCCGUGAAAGCCGAGGAGUUUGAUGAUGACGAUAAUGAUCUGAUGGAAGUGGCCCAAGCUACUGGGGACCAUGAAGCGAAGGCAGCAAGCGUGAACAUGGCUGGAAGUCGGCCUCCUCCCAAGCUGAAGAAAGAAAUCCUGCCCACGCCGGCCAGCUCCUCGCCAAUGAAGGCAGCGCCGGAUGUUGUUGAUGCGUCUUGGAAUGAUGUGCGGAGCAAGUUGAAUGUUCUUAACAGCCCGGCGUCGGAGACGCGGACAGCACCCGGUAAGCUGCGAGCGCAGGACGUUGUUGAGGCAGAUGGAAGCGUGCGCAUGUUCUGGCUGGAUUUUACCGAAGUCAAUGGCAGUCUGUGCUUAUUCGGAAAAGUCAAGAACAAGCAGACGGGCGUUUUUGCCAGUGCUUUCGUGAAAGUCGACAAUAUCCUGCGAAAGCUCUACUUCCUUCCCCGAGAACACAGGCACAAGCAUGGUCGGUCCACGGGCGAAGAAGUCGACAUGGAAGAUGUUUAUCAAGAAGUCGAUGAUAUGAUGUCGCGAUUGAAAGUAGGCAUGCACAAGAUCAAGCCGUGUUCUCGCAAAUACGCAUUUGAGAUGCCCGGUAUCCCGAAAGAGGCCGAUUACCUCAAGCUACUAUACCCUUAUGAUAAGCCAGCUCUGCCGAUGGACGCUAAGGGGGAAACGUUCUCCAAUGUUUUCGGAACUAACACUUCCUUGUUCGAACAAUUCGUCCUCUGGAAGAACAUCAUGGGUCCCUGUUGGCUCAAAAUCGAGGAGGCCGAUCUCUCCGCCGUUAAUAACGCAUCCUGGUGUAAAUUCGAAUGCCAGGCCUCGAAGCCUGCGCUCAUUUCCCCUGUGCCCGACUCGGAAAAUCUUGACGCCCCGCCUCUUACGUUGAUGAGUCUUUCGUUCCGCACACAACUCAAUGUAAAGGAGAACAAGCAAGAGAUCCUGGUUGCAAGUGCUCGCGUGUACGAGAAUGUUUCGCUCACGGAGACGACGCCCCCCGAGAAACUCCCUUGCAAGACAUUCACAGUCAUGCGUCCCGUGGGCUCUUCCUACCCCAUGCAUUUCGAAGCUGAAACCCGAAGGCAACGAGGAACGUAUAUGCUGGAGAAGAGCGAGCAGUUCUUGCUCAGCAAGUUUCUUGCGCUGUUCGAGAAAAUGGAUCCCGAUGUCUUGAUAGGACACCAACUGCAAGAAGUGGAUCUCAGCAUUCUGCUUAACAGACUGAAAGAAAAGAAAACCCCCGGUUGGCAUCGAUUGGGUCGACUUAAGCGUGGAGACUGGCCCAAAAACUUCAAUAGGGGUGGAGGCGGCUUUUUCGCUGAGAGACAUCUGAUUGCGGGACGGUUGAUGUGUGACGUUGCUAACGAUAUGGGCAAGUCUCUGAUGAUGAAAUGUCAGUCGUGGAGUUUGACGGAGAUGUGCGAGCUGUAUCUUGGUCAGGGCAACGCGCGGCAGGAUCUGGACACCGAGGCAGCAUUGAAAACAUGGGCCAGCUCGAAAGAAGGUCUGAUGAAUUUCGUGAACCAUUGCGAUGCUGAUACCUACUUCAUCGCCGCAUUGGUUCUGCGGCUGCAGAUGUUGCCUCUAACCAAGGUUCUCACGAAUAUCGCCGGUAACUCGUGGGCGCGGACACUCAGCGGUACGCGUGCUGAGCGGAACGAGUACAUUCUCCUACACGAAUUCCACCGCAACAAGUACAUUUGCCCCGAUAAAUACUCCUCUAAGUUGCAGAAGGCCGAAGAAAAGCUACAAGAAGGCGAUGACGAUGAUACAACGGAUAAGAAAAAGAAGGACAAAUACAAGGGUGGUCUUGUUUUUGAACCCGAGAAAGGUCUCUAUGACAAGUUCGUUCUGGUCAUGGAUUUCAACAGUUUGUAUCCUAGCAUUAUCCAGGAGUACAACAUCUGCUUUACAACGGUGGAACGGACAGCAACUGCUGAGAAUGAGAACGAAGAGAAGGUGCCCGAAGUCCCUUCUUCAGACCAGGAUCAAGGUAUCUUGCCUCGACUAAUUUCAACUCUUGUCGGUCGUCGGCGACAAGUGAAAAAGUUGAUGAAAGACAAGCGAGCGACUCCCGAGCAACUUGCGCUGUGGGACACCAAACAGCUGGCCUUCAAGCUGACAGCCAAUUCCAUGUACGGGUGUCUGGGAUACACGCAAAGCCGCUUCUACGCUCGUCCGUUGGCAAUGCUCACCACCUUCAAAGGUCGUGAGAUUCUAAGGAGCACCAAGGAUCUGGCCGAGUCCCAACAACUGAGAGUCAUCUAUGGUGAUACUGACUCGGUCAUGAUCAAUACCAACAUGGACACUAUUAGUGAUGCGUUCAAGGUCGGGGAGGAUUUUAAGAAGUCGGUCAACGAGCGGUACCGUCUCUUAGAGAUCGAUAUUGAUAGCAUCUUCCGUCGCCUCCUUCUGCAUGCGAAGAAGAAGUAUGCUGCCGUGAAUAUGACCGAAGUUGACGGCAAAUAUGUGGACAAGCUGGAAGUCAAGGGUCUCGAUAUGAAGCGCCGUGAAUACUGUGCGCUGUCCAAGGAAGUCUCCCAACGGCUUUUGAACGAGGUCCUCUCUGGUGAUGAUCAAGAGAUAGUCCUCAACCGGGUACACGACUACCUACGAGAGCUGGCGGGCAAGAUGCGGGAAUUCACGAUUCCUGUCCAGAAAUAUGUGAUCUACACGAAACUCUCUAAACGACCCGAAGAGUAUCCCAAUAAAGAAACGAUGCCGCCAGCACAGGUUGCUCUUCGUGAGCUCGCCCGUGGCAAAUCUGUUAGGCCCAACGACGUUAUCUCUUACAUUGUGACCAAUGGAGAUUCGGAGACGGCCUCUCUUCCCCCGGCCAAGCGCUCCUACACGCUUCAAGAUGUAAUGAAGAGCGGCUCGGAGCUCAAACCGGACAUUGAGUUCUAUCUUCUCAAACAGAUCUUCCCCCCCAUCGAGCGUCUAUGUGCCCCAAUUCCUGGCACCGAUGCGGUUCGGCUGGCCGAAUGCUUGGGUCUGGACGUUCGCAAAUACCAAAUCAAUAGUUCCUCCAGUGGAAGCAAUCAGCAAAAUGCGGAGAUCACCCCACUGGAGUCUCAGAUUCCGGACUCCGUCCGUUUUGAGAACGCUGCCCGGCUGACACUCACAUGUCGAUCCUGCAAGGAAAAAUCUGUUUUCGAGGGAUUGGUAGACUCUUCUCACAUGUGCAAUGCUCACGGCAUCAUUUGCCCGUACCCCUCCUGUCAGAAGCAAUUCUCGGUCUUGACGAUCGUUGCGCAGCUGGAAAGCCAAAUCCGGGCUCAGACCUCCAAGUACUACGAGGGUUGGCUUGUCUGUGAUGAUGCAGCCUGCGGCAACCGGACCCGACAGAUGAGCGUAUACGGACGACGGUGUCUUGGGCCCCGGGGCCACGCGGAAGGGUGCCUUGGCCGAAUGACUUACGAGUACUCUGAGAAGCGGGUCUAUAACCAGCUCCUUUAUUUCGCAGGCCUCUGGGAUGUGGAAAAGGCUCGCCGCGCCAUGGAGAAAGAGGCCGGCGGGGAGAAGAAAGACAGCGUUGUGGCGCUGGUUGAGUUCAACCGUGAUAGAUUUGGAACCGUCAAGGGCGUGGUGGAAGCCUAUCUGAAAAAGUGCGGUCGCCAAUGGGUGGAAAUGGACAGUCUGUUUCGCUUUAUGCUCCCUUGA